GGACGUGUUUGUGCAGAAAGGGAUACACCAGAGAGACCGAGGAAAACUGCAGGACGGUCCGACGAGGAGUUUAAACCACUGGAGACAAUGUUGGUGGGAAACCUAGUGAUCCUGUGCCUGUUGGGCAUCGCCUCUGCUGCUGAGAAGUCCCUGAGCAGCCAUGCGACCGUCCUGGCUGAGAACAGUGCGACUUUGGGUUUUGACCUGUACCACAACAUGGCCAAAGAGAAGGGCGUGGAGAACAUCCUCAUCUCUCCCGUGGUGGUGGCCUCUUCCCUCGGCCUGGUCGCUCUCGGGGGCAAGUCCAACACCGCCACCCAGGUCAAAUCCGUCCUCUCUGCCAACAAGGUGAAAGACGAUCAGUUGCAUUCGGGUCUGGCCGAACUCUUGACGGAAGUCAGCAACCCGGAGACACGCAACGUCACGUGGAAGAUCAGCAACCGCCUCUACGGACCAAGCUCCGUCAACUUCGCUGACGACUUUGUCAAGAACAGCAAGAAGCACUACAACUACGAGCAUUCAAAGAUCAACUUCCGUAACAAACGGAGUGCAGUCAACGCAAUCAACGAGUGGGCAUCCAAAUCCACCGAUGGCAAAUUGCCCGAGGUUACCAAGGAUGUGGAGAAGACAGACGGUGCCAUGAUCAUUAACGCCAUGUUUUACAAACCCCACUGGGACCAGCAGUUUCACCAUAAAAUGGUUGACAACCGCGGUUUCCUUGUGACUCGUUCUUUCACUGUAGCAGUUCCCAUGAUGCACCGCACAGGAAUCUACGGUUUCCAUGAAGACAAAACCAAUAAGUUGUUCGUGCUGGAAAUGCCCCUGGCUCACAAGCUGUCCAGCGUCGUGUUUAUCAUGCCAUACCACGUUGAGCCUUUGGAAAGACUGGAGAAGCUGCUGACCCGUAAACAGUUGGACACCUGGCUGAGCAAACUGGAGCAGAAAGCGGUGGCCGUCUCCUUGCCCAAAGUCAGCGUGGAAGUCAGCCACAACCUGCAGAAACACCUCGCUGAGCUUGGUCUUACUGAGGCUGUUGAUAAAAAUAAAGCCGACCUGUCCAACAUCUCGGGGAAGAAAGACCUCUACCUGUCCAACGUUUUCCAUGCCUCUGCCAUGGAGUGGGAUACGGAGGGGAACCCUGCUGAUACCAGUAUCCACGGUACCGAUAAGCUUAGGAACCCCAUCCUGUUUUACGCCGAUCAUCCAUUUAUCUUCCUUGUGAAGGACAACAAGACCAACUCCAUCCUCUUUUUGGGCAGGCUGGUCCGGCCGAAAGGCGACAAAAUGAGAGAUGAAUUAUAACUCUUAGUUAUGUUAUAAUCUGUGUGUGACCCUGUGUGCAUGUGUGUGUGUGUGUGUGUGUGUGUGCAAGUGUGUGUUGUGUGUUAAUUUUUUUGUGAUUGACUAUAGAGUGGAGGAAGAGGGUGAAUGAUAUGCCUAAUACCUCAAGAGUACAUUCCAUUCAGUCUGUGGUCCAUUCUGUGUGCACUGUUCCUGUGGACACACGUGCUAUCUGUCAUCUGAGAUGUCUGCUCUGUCUAGAAUCACAUAGCACCAUGUGUCAGAAACAAUGCAAAGAGUACUCUACAAAAACCAUUACAGCAAGUCAAUCCGAGAGCGGUUCAAACACAUCAUGAAAUAACCUUUGAUUGUCAUAUGGCUUUGUCUGAGGGUGGAGCUAUAGAAGGACAUCAUGUUUAUUAAGCAUUUCCUCCUGGCUGAUUGGUCAACAUGUAAUGACAACAUUCCUCUCAGGGGUACUUCUUUUUUUAUAUAUAUAUAUGAAAAUUUUGGAAAGCUUUGCUGAUCAAUCACCACUGCAUGUCAGAUACUUGG